AUGGCGAGAAUGGACGGAUCGCCAACCCUGACCGGACUCAAGCUCCCCGCGCCGAUGCCGACCUACCCAUUCAUUCUGCACUCAGCCGUCGAGAUCAACAACAACCGCGAGGGACGGUUUACCGUCAUUGCCGGUAUGGAAUGCGCAAUGUUCCCGGACCGAGUGUGCGCUCGCGAUUUCGCAGGCUUCCACCUCGCGGCCCGAGAGUACGCGCACCCGAACGUCACGUUGGAGCAAAACACACAGGACAAGCCCACAUUCUCCAUCACGAUCAACGGGAAUACACUCGACCCGUCGACACUUGCCGCCGUUGACUCCAUCGAGACGAACUACAUUUUGGUCCAGACCAGGACCCUUCUUGGUCCGUCCGAUAGGCAGAAGCUAGGCGAUGUUGGCGUACAGCAACCGGAUUACUCUUUACCACAGCAUAUCUACUUGGGAAAAGGCCAAGUGAUAGCGGUGGCAGACACUGGCCUCGAUCAAGGAGAACACAAGCCACUCCACUCGGCCUUUACGGGUCGUAUGAUCCGAUGGUUCGGGAAUAACACUGCCGAUUACACUGGCCACGGCACCCAUGUCUGUGGAUCAGCUGUGGGAGACUUUUCCAAUGCAGUGAACGGCCGAGUUACGGGUGCCGCGCCGGAGGCAAGCCUCAUAUUCCAGGGCAUCUGGGAGCCUGAAGUCCCAGCACCGGGGGCAACAAAGGUAGAGGGGAAGUUGAAACCUCCGGCAGAUCUUAUAGAGCUGUUUGAGCCCCUAUACAAAGAAGGAGCACGAGUGCACUCUAACUCUUGGGGGAGAAUAUCGAGGAUCGGUACCAGUCGUGCCCUCAUGCAACUUGGUUACACAGACCGUGCGAGGAAGAUUGACACGUUCGUCUGGGACAACCCUGAGAUGGUCAUUCGCUUCUCGGCAGGGAACCAGGGCAAAUAUGCAUUUGUUGGACAAGGCAAAGGACAUAUCGGGUCUCAAGCUGCGGCAAAGAACUGCAUCACAGUGGGUGCCAGCAAAAAGUCCCCAGAUCCCAACAUAAUCGCCGACUCCAGCAGCCUAGGACCUGUCAUGGGUGGCCGCCCGAAGCCAGACGUUCAACUCGUGCUCCAAGUCAGGAACGAGAUGGCCACACCGCUCGUAGCAGGUUGCGCCGCCGUCCUACGCGAAUCCCUCGUCAACCGUUCCCCCCCUCCAACGGCCGCACUGAUUAAAGCACUUCUCAUCAACGGCGCCGACAUCUUAGGGCCUGUCAAUAAAAAUCCCUUGCCUGAAAAUGUGAACAAGGCGGGAUUUGGUCGCGUCAACAUGGCCAAUGCUCUUGCCGUCGUCCGCGGCGAGGCUGGGACGGGCUUUGAAGAACCUUCGGUCGAUGACAAAACUCUUCUGUGGGAGAAAAAGAUAACUGUAGACCAAGCGAAAGCCACUCUCAAAGUCACGCUGGUCUGGUCAGACCCCCCAGGUGACAUGAUUAAGAACCAGCUGCGCUUGGAGGUAAAGGACGCUGACGGACCAAAGUUCACUCCCAGCAACAAUGUUGUUCAGCAGGUUGUCAUUGAGGAGGUCGCUACUGGGGCAGUAACGCUUAAAGUGGGAGUUAUUGGUGGGGUGCUUGACAAAUCUCCUCAGAAGUUUGCCAUAUCUUGGCGAGUUUAA